AUGGUUGUUGUUUCUCGCUUCGUCUCGUGGCUCGACCGCUACGGUCACCACCAAAGCACCGGUCGGCCACGUGUCCUGCAGAGGUCUACACCGGCUUGGUCUACAAGGGCCCCGGUCUUCUUGAAGAUAUCCAAACAGGUCUGCGCCGGUACUUGCAAAAAGACGGCUUUAGCAGCAUCCAAGAGGCGGUUGGUGCAGAUGUUCACUCUGCACACUGAGCCGACCGGAGGCUCUUCGGCCCUCACUUCCGCGUUGUUCUUCACAGACUUUCAUUUAACCGAUUGUGGUAGCAUGUCACAGCUCGUGCUUGAUUGGUUGAACAAAGAUGUUUGCCUGUCUCGGAAGGUGAAGAUAUUCGAGCGUGACUUUGCCAAUGGGUAUUUGUUCGGGGAGCUGCUUUACAAGCACGGCCUCUUGCAAGCUUUCGAGGAGGAAUUCGUGGAUGAAUCUCACCUGGCUGCUAAAAGGCAGAACUUUUCUAUGGUGCAGCAGGCCCUUAGAGAAGCUGUCGGUGAGCUCGGCGUGAAACUGUCCAACGACCAGGUAGAGGAGAUCAUGGACGAAGACCGAGGAUCUUCUCUGCGGAUCCUCUACCAGUUGCGGCGGGUGCUCAGCACCAAGGCCAAAGGCUCUGUGACCAUGGCCACAGCCCAGGCAACAGGGGGUGCUGGGCGACCGCGGCUGCAGAAGCAGGUGAAAACUGAAGAGGAGGAGAACUUUUUCGACCAGAGGGUGAAAACCCUUCGUCCAAUAGAUCAGCGAUAUCCCUACGAGGUGCACAACAAGGCAUUCGUGGACGAACACACCAGGCAGCUGCGCAGCGCCCGGGAGAAAGAAUACGAGGAGAUGGUGGAAAGGAGUGCCAAUGUGCAGGAGUUUAGGGUUGCCCAGCAGCGAAAGAUGGAGAGCAGCAGGGCUCAGAAGGAACUUGCGAGGAAAGCUGGGGAGCAGCACUGGCAGGGUGUGCAAGAGAAGAAGUACAACCUGCUCGAGAAAGACCUCAACUUCGAGAAAGAGAUGAUCCGAAGAGAUCAGCAGAGGAUAGUUGCCAUUCGCGAGCACUAUGCGCAAGACUGUGGUUUCAGGGAAGGGGAUGAGGAGCUUCACGAGAAAAUGAAAGAGAAGCUUCCCAGCAAGGCUCGCCUGCAGAUCGAAUCUGCCAAGCGAAUGGAAAAGAUUCGGAACACAAAGCGGCAGACGGACAUCGCUCGUAAGGAAAGGGAGCGGCGACAGCGCCGUGUCCAGUACGAGCAGGCAGCUACCACGGCAGCCGUUGAAGCCAAGAAGAAGGAAGAAGACCUGCUCACCUGGCUUCUGGCAGAGACGGCCAAGUACCAGCAGGAAGCCGCGGAAUACGAUUUCAAGCUGCGCCGCAAGCAGGCUCAAUGGGAGCAGCGGGAAGCCAAGCAGCUGGCGUAUGCGCAGCGUGCAGCCGUCGAGCAGGACGAGGCAUGGAAUCGCAUGGCCGAAAAAGCGAGGGAGGAAAGGCAGAUCAAGCAGAGGUACCGAUCCAACUUGCCAGACACAGAAGGAGCGGCCGAGGAGGCAUCGUCAGACGACGAUGCAGCGCCGGUGGAGCCUGGUACCGCGACAACAGCCAUCGAGAAGAAGAGGUCAGAGAGGUUUACAAGCGACAGUGUGUCAGUGAAAGGGUCGGAUGCUGCCUCUGCGGCACCGGUCGUCGAGAUCGCGGCUUCCGAGGAGGUCAUCGCUUGCGUGAGGGAGACGUUCAUGACGGAAUACCUCUUUUUUCGCGGCGGUUGGGCACACUUCAAGCCGAGCGAGGAGGAGGCGCUGGGCCUCUUGCAUGGUGCCUUGGGGCGCUUGGGCGAGACUUCCCAGGCUGCCUCCGAGCCGCGGCUUGGAAGUGUCGUGCAAUGGCUCUGCAAGUCAUCCACCAGCUUCAAGUACCAGGCUGCACCGCGAACUCGCAAGGGCAACAGCAACAAGCACGCGACAGAUCGGAUCCCAUCGAAGCUUUGGCAUGCCGCUGCAGUUGCUGCAAUGGCAUCAUCUUCCUGUGCCAAGCGGGUUCUCCAGCCUGACUUGCCGGCAAAGAAGGCUUCGGCCUCGUUCAAGGCUGCAUCCGAUGGUUCCUCGCGAGAGGUGAACUCUGAAAGGUCUGUGCAUAAAGCAGAGGUGGUGUGCCGAUCUUGCACUAAAGCGUUGUCGCUAUGUGACAGGGUCUGUCCAUGGUGCGAGUGUGCCCCAUCCUUUUCAUUGAGUGGCAACUUCAACUUGAAGGGGGCGCUCCGUGUGCUGCACGAUGGGCGUCACGGUGGCGGAGAUGCCUGCAACCUGGUCCUCUUGGGCCAUAACAUGGACCGGGACCAGCGUGUUGUUGUCAAGGCCUUCGGCUUGGGUGCCUGGAGUGGCGAGGUUCCUACGCUGUAUGUCUACGACCAUUGUCCAUACUGCGUGCGUGCAAGGAUGAUCUUCGGCUUAAAGAAAACACCUUUCAAGUUGGACUUCUUGAUGAACGAUGAUGUUGUGACCCCUACCAAGAUGAUUGGCAAAAAGGUUCUUCCGAUUAUGGAGAUUGACGGCGAAGCUAUGGGCGAAUCUUUGGACAUCGUUGCGAAGGUCGAUGCCCUGGACGACUCUCCGCUUCUGGCAAAGGCAGCCGGCCGGGAAGAUAUUGCCAAGUGGCUGAGUGACAACAAAGAUCUCCUGCGCAAGAUCACGAGGCCUCGAGAUGCGAUGGCCUUGUACCCCGAGUUUUCUACCAAAGCUGCUCGCGCCACUUGGGUCAAGAAUCACCAGCUCUCUGGCAUGACCUUCGAGGAAGCCCUUGCAACAAGCGAGCCGCUGAUGGAAGAGUUUAAUUCGAAGCUCCCGGAGCUCAGCGAGAUGCUCCACAGCUCAUCCUCCGUCAACGAAGGUGGCUAUUCCUACGACGACAUCACUUUGUUCCCCACUUUGCGAAGGCUCACACUUGUAAAGGGCAUACAUUGGCCCGAGAAGCUCCGGCAGUAUACGGAGCAUAUGGCCGAGGUUUGCGACGUGCCGCUGUUGGACGGAAUGGCCGCCAGACUGGAUGAGGAUCCAGAAGAGGUGGCGACGAUCAAGGAGGAAAUCCAGAUACAAAGUCAGCUGGCGCACGACAACACUGUGCCACUUCUGUACGCAGCGGAAACACCCUCGGAGGUUGUGUUGGUCAUGCCCUUUGCUGCUGGAGGCGAUCUCCAUGCGGCCAUGGGACCCCGGGGCAUGUUGCCCGAGAAGCAGGCCGCCAGGUUGUGUGGGCAACUUCUGGAAGGCCUUCGCUAUCUUCACCAGGAUCUGUACAUACUGCACGGCGACGUCAAACCGCGCAACAUCUUCCUGGUUCCAGCAGGGCCCGGGUUGGUUGUCCAGCUGGGUGACUUCGGCCUUGCACGUGAGUGCCCGCGGAAGGCGCCCUUCCUCUGCCAUUUCGCUGGAUUACAAGGCUCUCAUGGCUACAUGGCACCAGAGAUCCUGUCUGAGCAGGACUAUGGCAGACCGGUUGACGUUUUUGCCCUUGGCGUUAUCAUGUUUACGCUCCUUGCUGGAUACGAACCAUUCUAUCCCCCGUCCAAUGUGCACGCCCCGCUGGAGUUUGAUCCACCGUCGUGGGCGCCUUUAAGCAAGGAGUCGGCCGAGUUUGUAACAGACUUGCUGCGAGUGGCCGCCGAG